UUUUUGAAUUACGAACAAUCGUAGAUAAUGUCGUUUAUUAAUAUCGUUUUUUGAUUAUUUAGUUUAGUUAGUGUGACUUUUGUUGUUAAUAUUUAAGUCAAAAUAGAUUUUACCUAAGUUUGUUGAUAAUUUCCUCCUGGUACAGUAUGACAGCAUCUGAAGAAACUGAACCAUUGAUAUCAACAUCGAAGGCUUCUACUUCUAAUAGCAAUAAACAACAACAACAACAACAACAAAGAGUCUCCUAUAAUUCAGUUUUGUUUGAUAACAAUGAACAACUUACACCUGAAAAUGAAUGUCAAGAUACGAUUAUACGCAUGGAACCUAUUUUUCAUUCAUCAUUAAAAAUAUCACAAUUAUAUAAUACUCCUAAUGAUAAAAUUACAUACACGUGGAGUGAUGUUAAUGUUUACGUUACUACAAAAAAGGAUAAAAUAUGGGACAGUGCACUUUUUAAAAGUAAAAAGCCUGUUGAACAAAAACACAUACUGAAAGAUGUAUCUGGAGUGGCAUAUCCUGGUGAAUUGUUAGUAAUCAUGGGAUCAUCGGGUGCAGGAAAAACAACCUUGUUAAAUGCAUUAACAUUUCGAUCCGGUCCAGGUGUCACAGUUUCAGGAUUGAUGGCAGCCAAUGGUAAAAAAGUAUCAUCUCAAAUUUUAACAUCAAGGACAGCUUAUGUACAACAGGAUGAUCUUUUUAUUGGUACAUUGACUGUUAAAGAACAUUUGUUAUUUCAAGCGAUGGUUCGUAUGGAUAAACAUAUAUCCUUUGAACAAAGGAAAAAACGCGUGAAUGAAGUUAUUAAUGAGCUUGCUUUAACCAAGUGUAGGAAUACGAUCAUUGGUGUACCAGGUCGUAUAAAAGGAUUAUCAGGUGGUGAAAUGAAAAGAUUAUCUUUUGCAUCGGAAGUUCUCACUGAUCCACCUUUGAUGUUUUGCGACGAACCAACUUCUGGGCUGGAUUCUUUUAUGGCACAUCAAGUUAUAUCUGUUUUAAAAGCCUUGACGGCACGUGGAAAAACAAUUAUUACAACGUUACAUCAACCAUCCUCAGAAUUGUUUACUUUAUUUGAUAGAAUUCUUUUAAUGGCUGAAGGAAGAGUCGCUUUCAUGGGUACAACUACGCAAGUUUGUGACUUUUUCAAAACAUUGGGAGCUGCCUGUCCUAGCAAUUACAAUCCAGCUGAUUAUUUCAUUCAAGUACUUGCUGUAGUACCCGGUAGAGAAGAUUCAUGCAAACAUUCUAUUAAUACAGUUUGCGAUACGUUUCAAAAAAGCGAAUAUGGAAUGAAAAUAGCUUUGGAAGCUGAAACGGUUAAUGGGGAAUUUGAACAUUCCUUGAAAGAACAAUUAUAUUCGAAUAAUACUAAAUCACCUUACAAAGCUUCCUGGUGUGAACAAUUUCGUGCUGUAUUGUGGAGAUCUUGGAUAUCAGUGAUCAAAGAACCAAUUCUCAUUAAAGUUCGCCUUUUGCAAACAAUUUUAGUUUCUUUGUUAAUCGGCGUCAUUUAUUUUCAUCAACGAUUGGAUCAAGAUGGUGUUAUGAAUAUUAAUGGUGCACUUUUUAUAUUUCUGACCAACAUGACUUUCCAAAAUGUUUUUGCUGUGAUUAGCGUAUUUUGUGCGGAACUGCCGAUAUUUUUAAGAGAACAUCGGAAUGGGAUGUACCGCACUGACGUUUAUUUCAUUUGCAAAACAUUAGCAGAAACACCAAUUUUCAUAGCAGUUCCUUUGAUAUUUACCAUAAUCGUUUAUCCGAUGAUUGGUUUAUAUCCCGCUGUGGAUCAUUUUUUUAUAACUGUAGCAAUCGUAACUCUCGUAGCAAACGUUUCUACUUCAUUCGGUUAUUUGAUUUCGUGUAUUAGUACCAAUGUUUCUAUGGCGUUAUCCAUAGGACCUCCGGUGAUAAUACCUUUCCUAUUGUUUGGUGGAUUUUUCUUAAAUGCUGGAUCUGUGCCAUCAUAUUUUGAGUGGUUCUCGUAUUUGUCAUGGUUUCGAUAUGGAAACGAGGCACUUCUUAUUAAUCAAUGGGCAGAUGUAGAUACAAUUGAAUGUACCAGGAGUAAUUCAACCUGUCCAAAGAGUGGACGUAUGGUUCUUCAGAUUUUCAAUUUCAAACCGGACAACUUUUGGAUGGAUAUCAUUUCUCUAUUCUGUCUUAUCAUAGCGUUUCGUUUUCUAGCAUUUAUCGCAUUAUUAUCGAAGACAAGACGUCCUAGAUAUAAAUAAUAAUAAUAAUAAUAAUAAUAAUAAUAAUAAUAAUAAUAAUAA